AUGAUGAAUCUUCGUCCUCGACUGGGUCUCUUCUCAGCCUUCCGAGCUGCUCCAGUAACUCGGAGGUUUGCGACAGAAGCGCGGUUAACUUCGGACCAUGUUCGCAUCGUCGAAGUCGGGCCGCGAGAUGGUCUGCAGAACGAGAAGAAAACUAUCCCGUUGGAGACGAAGCUUAAGCUGAUCGAGAAACUGGCCAAAACCGGCGUGACAACCAUUGAAGCUGGUUCUUUCGUCCCUGCCAAAUGGGUACCCCAGAUGGCGAGUACCGCAGAGAUCUGUGAACGUCUUCUUCAAUCGCCGCCCGAAUCGCAAAAUGCCAUCGCCUACAACUAUCUAGUUCCCAAUGUCAAAGGGCUAGAAGGCCUUACCAAAGUGCUAAACGCCACGGGAAGCUCGGCUGAAUCCUCGAAAUCCGCCACCACCACCGAAAUAUCCUUAUUCGCCGCAGCGACUGAAGCGUUCUCCAAAGCGAACACGAACUGCACCAUUGAGGAAUCCCUAGAGCGCGUUCGACCCAUCGUAUCACUGGCCAAGACCAAGAACAUCCGUGUUCGCGGCUACGUGUCCGUCGCUCUAGGCUGUCCGUAUGAAGGACCUGACGUUUCACCCUCCAAGGUAGCCGACAUCACUGCGAGUCUCCUUGAAAUGGGCGCGGACGAGGUCUCGGUCGCCGAUACGACCGGCAUGGGCACCGCUCCGCGCACAAUGCGGCUCCUUCAGGCUCUCAGGGCCGCGGGGAUUGCUAGCAGUGAUCUGGCUCUGCAUUUCCAUGACACGUACGGGCAGGCCCUCGUGAAUACUAUCGUGGGCUUGGAGCACGGUAUCCGUAUCUUCGAUAGUAGUGUUGGUGGUCUCGGCGGGUGUCCUUACUCCAAGGGGGCUACGGGCAAUGUCGCGACGGAGGAUCUUAUUCAUACGAUCCAUGGCUUGGGUAUGCAUACGGGAAUCAACCUGGAGGAGAUGUCGAAGAUCGGAUCUUGGAUUAGUGGAGAGUUGGGACGGUUCAAUGAAAGUCGGGCUGGGAAGGCCAUUCUUGCCAAAAUCCAGGAGUGA